CACCCCCAGAUUCCAUUUCCCCAUCUGCCAGGGCUGCCUAUAAAGAGGAGAGAUGGCUUCAGACUUCAGAAGGACACAGGCAGCAGAGAGUGGUCAGUCCCUUCUUGGCUCUGCUGACACUCGAGCCCAGAUUCCAUCACCUGCUCAGAAUCAUUCAGUUGCUGCCGACACGCCGACCGCCUGCUGCUUCAGCUACAUCUCCCGGCAGAUUCCACAGAAUUUCAUAGCUGACUACUUUGAGACCAGCAGCCAGUGCUCCAAGCCCAGUGUCAUCUUCCUAACCAAGAGAGGCCGGCAGGUCUGUGCUGACCCCAGUGAGGAGUGGGUCCAGAAAUAUGUCAGCGACCUGGAGCUGAGUGCCUGAGGGGUCCAGAAGCUUCGAGGCCCAGUGACCUCGGUGGGCCCAGUGGGGAGUAGGAGCCUGAGCCUUGGGAACAUCCCCGUGACCUCCACAGCUACCUCUUCUAUGGACUGGUUGUUGCCAAGCAGCCACACUGUGGGACUCUCCUUAACUUAAAUUUUACUUUAUUUAUACUAUUUAGUUUUUGUAAUUUAUUUUCGAUUUCACAGUGUGUUUGUGAUUGUUUGCUCUGAGAGUUCCCCCUUUCCCCUCCCCCUUCCCUCACACUGUGUCUGGUGACAACCGAGUGGCCGUCAUCGGCCUGCUGUAGGCAGUCAUGGUACCAAAGCCACCAGACUGACAAAUGUGUAUCGGAUGCUUUGGUUCAGGGCUGUGGUCAGCCUGGGGAAAUAAUAAAGAUGCUCUUUUAAAAGGU